GGAGGGUAGGAGAGACAGAGAAAAUGGGAUGACAGAUGCAGAGGUCUGAGUGAGGCAAUUUCUGCCUUUGAAGGUGGAGGAAGGAACCAGGAAUAAAGGAAUUUGUAGGUCUCGAAAAGCUGGGAAAGACAAGGAAGUGGUCUUUCUCGCAGAACCUCCUCUAGAAGGAAUGGUACCCUGCCAACGUCUGUGAAACAGCUUUUCAGAUUUCUGACCACCUGAACUGUAAGGUCUGUUGUUGCAUUAUUCUCAUGCCCCGCUCCUCCAGCACCCUCUGCUGUUCAGGCGCUUUUUCAAAGACCAAACAUGACCAAUCUCACGGCUGUACCUGUCUUUGUCCUCCGGGGAUUCGCAGAGAUCCCUGAAAUACAGCUGCUCAGCACUGCCGCCUUCCUUCUGGUGUACCUGGCUGCGAUUCUGGGGAACAUCUCCAUUGUGGCCGCUGUGAGCCUGGACGCCCGCCUGCACACACCCAUGUACUUCUUCCUCAAACACCUCUCCCUGGUGGAUAUCUGCUCCGUGUCCACCACCCUGCCCCGGGCCCUGGUGGCCACCCUGCUGGGCUCUGGGCAGAUUUCCCUCCCUGCAUGUGCAUCCCAGCUCUUCGCCUUUAUCUGCCUUGGGUCCACAGAGUGUUUUCUCAUCACCUGCAUGGCUUAUGACCGUUGUCUGGCCAUCUACCGGCCCCUGGUGUACAGGGCAGCCAUGAGCCCCCGGACCUGUGUGUCCCUGGUGGUGGUGGCCUGGGGCAGUGGGCUCCUCUACUCUGCCUUCCACACGGCCAACACCUUCUCCCUGCCCUUCUGUGGCCCCAACGUGAUUGACCACUUCUUCUGUGACAUCCUCCCCCUCAUGCGCCUCGCCUGUGCAGGCGCUCGUGCCCACGCGGCUGCGGGACUUGCAGCUAGUGGCUGUGUCAUCAUAAGCUGCUUUGGCCUCACCGUCCUGUCCUACGUCCGUAUCUUGGCCACCGUGAUUCAGAUCCGCUCAGUGGCUGGCCGCUGGAAGGCCUUCUCCACGUGUUCCUCCCACCUGGCCACGGUUCUCCUGUUUUACGGCACCGGCAGCUCUGCCUACAUGCAGACCCCUGCACGCUACUCUCCGCGGCAAGGCCGCCUGGCUGCCAUCUUCUACUCCAUCCUCACCCCCACCCUGAAUCCGCUGAUCUACAGCCUGAGGAACAAGGACAUGAAGGGAUCCCUGCGGAAGCUCUGUCUUCAGGGCCAUCUUAGGGUGUGGAAGGGACCCAGAAAUCCAGCCUCACAGGGUUUUCCUUGUGGUCCUGGCAGGAGUGUUCCCAUCUCCAGACACCAUGAGGACCACACACAGUAACCCCCAAAUUUGGCCACAAAGUUGGAUGAUGUUUGGUGCAGGAGGCUCCAGCAUACCUCUGGAUAAAAUGGAGCUACUUUCAAAGUGCUUUUAGUUGAAGCAAAUGGAACUGUUUGUACGCAGGGGAAGAGAGGACGCCAGGGAGCAAAGCUGGACCUCAGUAUCUGUGUGGUUGCAUUCUCGGGUUCAACUAACUGUGGAGUGUGGAGUAUGGUUACAGCCCCUGGUUGGUUGAACGCUGGUGUGGAGGGAGGGCUGUGGAGCUUGAGCAGCCUGAGAUUUUUUUUUA